GGCCUCUGGGAGGCACCAUCAGACAGGCAGCUGUUAGGGCCGUUACGAGGAGUUACUGGGCAGGAGGCCGUUAGGGCUGCAGUAGGGUGCUGCCAGACAGGUGGCUGCAGGAGCAACUCCAGUGUGAAUGACAGGACGCUUCUACCUCUGGACUCAUUUGCUGGUUGAGCUGCCAAAUAUCAGUGCACAGAUAACAGAGUUACAGGGAUAUGGCAGGCAUGAAGAAAGAAAUCCAGCUUCAGACCACAAUAUGCAACCAAGAUGAGUGGAAUGAAAUGUUGAAGACAAAAGGCGUCGUAGUGAUAGAUGUGUAUCAAGCUUGGUGUGGCCCUUGCAAAGCUGUGGUAAAUUUAUUCUCAAAACUGAAGAAUGAGUUUAGUGAAGAUGAUGUGCUGAAUUUUGCAGUGGCAGAAGCUGACAACAUUGAGACUCUGCAACCAUUUAGGAAUAUAUGUGAACCCAUAUUUCUCUUUUGUGUUGAUGGCAAAAUUAUUGCAAUAGUGAGAGGUGCAAACGCUCCUCUUCUGACUAAGAAAAUAACAGAACUAGUACAAGAAGAGAGGGAAAUCCUUGCCGGAGAGAGGGAACGUCUCAGGUUGGAUGAAAUUGUUUUUGUGGAAGAGAAAUUGUCAGAAGAGUCUAUUGAGGCUACUGAGGAGACUGAACCUGAGGAAGAAGACAUCACAUACUCUGUUGGAAUUAUAAAACCUGAUGAUGUCUCGGAGGGACGUGUAGAAGAAAUUAAAGAAAAGAUUAGAGCCGCGGGCUUUGGCAUUGCAGCAUCAGAAGAGAAAAUGCUGACUGAAGAGCAGAUCAGAGAAUUCUACUCCAAGAAAAGUGAACAGCCCGAUUUUGAUGAUUUUGUUCAAUUCAUGAUGAGCGGACCGUGCCAUAUUCUGAUAAUCACUAAAAAAAAAGAUGCGGAUGCUAUUCCUCUCUGGAAAGAACUAAGUGAAACUGAUGAGACUGAGGCUGAAGAGACAGAUGAGCCGCAAGAAACUGAAGAAAAUGAGAGUAUAUCAAAUAUAUGUGAUGUGCCAGACAGUUUAGAAGAUGCUAGCAGGCAACUUGGCUUCUUUUUCCCAAAUUUUGAUAGAAAGCACACAGAACAAAAAUUUGAAAAGACACUGGCCUUAAUUAGACCUUGUGUCCUAAGGGAAAGACGGGAUUCCAUUUUGCAAAGCAUAAAGGAUGAUGGCUUCGAGGUAGCAAUGCAGAAGGAAAUAACUCUAACUGAAGAACAAGCACGUGAAUUUUAUAAAGAACAUGAAAAUGAAGACUAUUUCCCAGCCUUGUUAGAGCAAAUGACCAGUGGUCCAACGCUUGUACUUGCUCUAACACGACAAAAUGCUGUAUCACACUGGAGAGAUUUAUUAGGCCCAAAGAUUAUUGAAGAGGCAAAGAAGACAAAUCCUAACAGUUUACGCGCAAAGUAUACAGUCGACAACAUAGAUAUUAAUCAGCUGCAUGGCAGUUCUUCAGUUGAUGAUGCUCAAAAGGAACUGGAGUUCUUCUUCCCUCAGGAGCAAACUUUUGCAUUGAUCAAACCUGAUGCUGCUAAAAAUCACAAAGAUGAAAUUAUGCAAAAAGUUAAAGAUGCCGGAUUUACUAUCUCAAAAAUUAAAGAAGCACCUUUAACCCGUGAAAUGGCUGCAGAGUUUUAUAAGGAUCACAAAGGAAAACCCUUUUUCGAUGACCUAGUGUCAUGUAUGACUGAUGGCCCAUCGGUGGUUAUGGUCUUAACAAAGGAAAAUGCUGUCGAAGAAUGGAGGAAACUAAUGGGUCCAACAGAUCCAGAAGAGGCAAAAGAGAACUGUCCUGAAUCAAUUCGAGCUCAGUUUGCACAAAAUAUUUUGUCUAAUGCUGUUCAUGGAUCAUCUAAUAGAGAACAUGCACUGGAAAGCAUUGAGUAUGUUUUUGGUGAGCUUGGUAUUUAGAAAUUUAUGGUCAAGUCAUUAGAAAUAUUUGUCUACCAAGCCACCUAUAUUUAACCUUAUAUGUCUGUACACAUACCUAUUUUCCUCCACGUUCCAUCCAUUUUUUGUUAUGAGCCAGUUUCUAUGUGACAAAGAAUAUCUGUGUAACAAGUAAUAAGUACUAGAAAAUUGAUGUUAGUAGUGAUUUAUUCGUGUAUGCUUAAUAUAUAGUUUUUAUUUGUUUGUUCGUUUGUUUUUAUCACUUAACAAAUGCAUGCUUUUCAAAUAG